AUGAACAUCUCCGUUGGAAUGCAAGAGAAAGACAUGUCUCCAGAACACAUGCAUGUCGAGGGCGUGGAAGCCGAAGAACAGUUGAAGCACGCCGAGUUGAAAGAGGCUCUAGACGCCGAAGGAGGAGUCGACAAACACCUCGAGAAGAAACUGAGGUGGAAAGUUGACAGGCGACUCCUGCCACUCUGCGGCGCACUUUAUGCCGUCUCACUCAUCGACCGACUCAAUCUGCCCAACGCCCGGCUGGCCGGGAUGGAUGCAGCGUUGGGACUUUCCAUCGGCAAUCGUUACUCAAUCCUGACAAUGGCGUUCUUCAUUGGCUAUAUCAUUUGCGACUUCCCGGCCAAUUUUGUCAUGAGGAAAGUCGGACCAGCUUCGUUCCUAGGCACCAUUGGCUUCUGCUGGGGCGUUCUCACUAUUGGAAUGGGUUUUUGCAAGACUUGGGGAGAGCUCCUGCUCUGUCGAAUUAUCUUUGGCAUGUUCGAAGGUGGACUAUUCCCGGGGUUGAUAUACCUGUUAUCAUGCUGGUACGUGCGCCAUGAAGUUCAAGUUCGAUUCAGUGGCUUCUAUGGUGCAGGCAUGCUCGUAUCCGGUCUGUCCAACUUGUUGGCAUAUGGAUUGUCGAAAGCCAACGGUCUUUCCGGGCUAGGCGGCUGGUCAUGGAUCUUCAUUUUUGGUAAGCCAAUCUUGAUGGAGACCUUUAGCUAUUUCUUGUCCCCCAUGAUCCCUGAUACUGAUCCAACUUUCUCUGCAGAGGGAAUUACCACUUGCGUUGUGGCCAUCGUAGUCUUGGUCUUUUUGAUCGACUUCCCUGACAAAGCAGUUCGACCAAGCAAGUUGGGGUUUCGCCGUUUCCAGACUCCAAAUGAAGCCACUGUCAUCUUAGCCCGCAUUGAGCGCGAUCGUGGCGAUGCCAUUCCAGAGAAAUUCUCUCCUCAGGUGGUUUUCAAUCAUUUGAAAGACUGGAAGAUAUGGGAGUAUUGUGUCCUUCUUCUCUGCAAUAAUACCGUUGCGUAUUCAUUCGCAUACUUUCUUCCACUUAUUCUCCAUUCAGGAAUGGGGUAUUCCAUUCCCAUGACAUACACUCUGAUUUUUCCUCCAUACGUGCUUGCCGCCAUCUGGAUGUUUAUCGCGGCAUAUAUCGGCGACCGAUUCAUGAUUCGGGGGCCCAUCAUUGUUUUCAACGCAAUUUAG